CGCUACAGAAGGUUGAAAGGAGUUUUGGAAGGAGGACUAAGAGAGACCGUUGAGGGUCGAGGUAGAGGAGACGAGUGGUGCAGGAGUCUGAGUUACGUGGAGAGUCGAGAAAAUGAGUGACGGAUCUUCGCAGAAGAAGUCCGACGAAGGGACUUCGAGGCCACCGGUAGAAGGACGGAAGUGCUACAAGUGCGGUGAGAUGGGGCAUUUUGCGAGGGAUUGUGCCGAGUUUUGGCAAUCGAAGGCGCUCGGGCGAACCUUCGUGCCAUCGACAUAUGGGCCAAGUGGAGCGAGGAUGGGGAGAUCGACCGAACCAGAGAGUAGUGCGAGGAGUCGAUCAGCGGAUAGUGGGAGUGAGCGCGUCGAGACAGAUGACACAAGUCUGUUAAUGAGAGAGUACCUCAUUUCUAUGGCGCAGGAAAGGCGGGAGAGGCUUGAAAGGGAGGCAGUCAAGGAACGGAGGAGGGUGGAAGAAGAGAUAAGGAUGGAGAAAGAAAGGAAGCGGGCCGAGAAGAUCAGAGAAAAGCAGCAGUAUGAGGAGGAACGGGAUGCGAGACUGUUGAGUUUGAUCAGCGCGAAGAUAAAAAUGGAAGAAGAGGGGCGGCGGGGCAAGAGUGGCUGGAAAGGGAAAGGCGUGUACAGGACAAAUGAAUACGGGGAAACGUUGGAAGAAGAAAAAGAAAGGCUAAGGAGAAUGAUAGCGGGACAGGAGGAACUGGAAGUUGACGAGGAGCUCCAGCUACUCCGGAGGCAAGCGGCAAAGUUGAAGAUUAAUGAGAAAGUGGAGAAGCGAAAGCGAGGACCGGAGACACCGGUCGGGAAUAGUCCACCUGUGAUGACGCCGGAGAAGAGGACAAAUAUUAAACUAUCGGAGGAGGGAAGAAAGAAGAUCGAACAACUACGAAGUACUACGGACGAGGAACCACAGUCGUCAGAAGCGCAGAGGAAGAUUGACUUGACUUUGAAGCAUAUCUCGGCCUCGUGCGGACCAGGUGGAAAAGAGAAAUACGAGGCGGAAGUUCGUGAUUUUUUCAAUGCACUUACGAUCGAGGAAUUGAAGGAGGUAUGCCGAAGGGAGAAGGUAUGUUACGGGAAACGCGAAAUGGCGAUUAAACGAUUGGUGAUUCGACGUGCGGCGAUUGCGUAUGAUGCGGCUUACAUUCCUUUACCGACAACACCAAGGAUCAUGACGCGAAGUGUGAAGACUGAAGGGACGAAAGGAAAAUCUGCGGAAGCGAAACCGGAGGAGGAGGAAAGUGAAUCAGAAGAGGAGAGUGAAUCGGGAGAAGAGGAAUGAAGACGGCGGAGAAGGGAGAAACUGUGGGAGUUAGCCAAGGAUAUUAGUGGGCGUAGACGGGGGGAUGGUGGAAAGAACAAAGAUGACGAUAGGCU